UUAUGUUUUUUAAGCAUAUAUAGGGGGGGUAUGGUCCCUGAAGGAUUUUUCGUUCGGUUUUAAAAGGCCUGGUUUUUGCCCUUGCUAGGCCCUGCGUUAGCUCACACCCUCCCUUGGCGCCUCGUUCGGCUAGUGUCCCACCCACUAGCAACAAGAACGGACGUCAGAGCAAAUGCAGUUCGAGUUGGCGAUGGGAAUCGGUGUUGGGCAUCGGUUUGUUGGCCCCCGAAAUGCUGGUUGUUGGGAUGCCGGCAUUUCAAGCGAGGAUGAUUGGGAUGUCCUUGUGGGGCUAACACUCCGAGUUUUGUUGGCCUUCGAAAUGCCGGUUGUUGGGAUGCCGACAUUUCGAACGGGGAUGGCUGGCUGUUUCAUCCUCGCUGAGUCGACUCUUGGAAGGUGGAAGUACAAGGCGUCGGGGGCUAAUGGAGUCGGUUUUAGGUUGGCUCUAAGUGGGUGGGACGGUGGCUACGUUUUUCUUCGGUCUUGCAUGGCACUCAUCGACGCGACUGUCAUGGGCACCAGGCAUUCGCUGGUGGGCUGACUGCUGAGUUAAAAACUUGGCCUUUGGUCUGUUGGUGGGUUGUGCGGUGUGUAUGAAGUUUGCGAUGCGUAAUUGUGUGUGAUAUGUAUUUGGUUUUCAUGGUCAGGUUUGAUCCUUGCUCUAGCAGCAAAAACUUGCCGUGAAAGCCUUUUCAAUUUGGUGGGUUCCACCUUUGUCUGCAAUGGUUUCCUUUGUUCUGUACCCUUUCGGUGGCAUCCUUACGUUCCAACUGCUGAGUUCUGUCGUGUGCCUGCUCGUGUGGGAACCAAAGGGUUGGCAUUCGAUUGACGCCAUGGCACCGCUUGUGGUACACUAUCUGUUGUCUCUUUUCCGGAAAGUUUUGGCCCAUUGG